AUGAUUGAGUUUUUGUUAAUGGUUAAUAAACAAGGGCAAACCAGGUUAAGUCAGUACUAUAACCACUUAAGUAUCGAAGAGAAAACAAUAUUGGAGGGAGAACUAAUAAGAAAAUGCUUAUCUCGAGUUGAUUAUCAGUGCUCUUUUUUGCAGUAUAGAGAAUAUAAAAUUAUAUACAGAAGAUAUGCUAGCUUAUAUUUAAUAGUCGGUGUUACAAACCAGGAUGUUAACGAAUUUGCCAUACUUGAAAUGAUUCAUAACAUUAUUGAAAUUCUAGAUAAGUAUUAUGAAAAUGUUUGUGAACUGGACAUCAUGUUUAAUAUUGAUAAAACUCAUUUUAUAAUUGAUGAAAUUAUUUGCAAUGGAGAAAUUUGCGACAUGAACAAAACGAAUGUACUACGACCAAUUUUGUUAAUGGACAAAUUCUCUUUAAAAAUGUGA